CAUGUGAUUGGCUUAACACAUUCAAACACCCCAAUUAGACUAGCACAGACUUUGAAAGCUGGCUCACUAAAUUUGAACUCAUAUUCUUGAGAAAUCAGCUACGAUUAUAUCAAGUUUAGGAAAGGGAUGCAUGCAGAGAAAUUAAAUUGUUUUUCAGUUUCGAAUAACAUUUUCAUUUAAAACUCAGUCAGCAGAAUUGUAUCACUACUGUACAACAUUGCCGGUCGUAUUUCUGGUCCGACAAGUUAUAUCAAAGUCAUUUCUGUGGUUAAAGCAAAGACUGAAGAUGAAGCGAGACAUUUCACUCGCUGUUUAAAUCUGGUUCAUAUAAAUAAACUAAGCAGACCAGACCCAGCUGCUAAUGCAUUGGUGCCACCCCUUAAGCAGACAGGAACUGUGACAAUUUUUUUCAAUAGUAAAACGGCCUGAGUGGGACAUCUUAAUUCAUCCACCAUUGUUGUAGCCUAUCUAUGCUUCUCUAUCCAUGGCCUCUCGUUGUUUCAGCAUCCACGUCAGAAACUGGAGAUGAGAAGAGGCGGGUUUACUGAAUGGGGCAGUCCUUAUCCGAAAUGUUCAUUAAAAACCAGCUGAAUUGAGAACUUCUCAGUGUCUGUCCACCAGCAGUUUACAUAAAGGUUCCCAUCUGUGAAAUUGUCCGUAGCUGUUGAGAACAGAAAAUGGCCCCAAUAUCCAUUAAACGCAUUUUAAUCAGUGAAAGUGUUGAUCCUUGUUGUAAGAAGAUCCUGCAAGAAAAUGGAAUCCAAGUUACGGAGAAGCAAAACAUGAGUAAGGAUGACUUGAUUGCAGAGAUCAAGGACUAUGAUGGCCUUGUCGUUAGAUCUGCAACAAAGGUGACAGCUGAUGUCAUCAAUGCUACUGGUAACCUCCAAAUCAUUGGAAGAGCUGGGACGGGCGUUGACAACGUGGAUGUAGAUGCUGCCACUAAAAAGGGCAUCAUUGUCAUGAACACACCAAGUGGCAACACCAUCAGUGCUGCAGAGCUGACAUGUACCCUUUUGAUGAGCCUCUCAAGACAUGUGCCACAAGCAGCUAUGUCCAUGAAGGCAGGGAACUGGGAUCGUAAAAAGUUCAUGGGUACAGAGAUGUAUGGCAAAAUACUUGGAAUAGUUGGACUUGGAAGAAUUGGAAAGGAAGUUGCCACCAGAAUGCAGUCCUUUGGCAUGAAGACCAUCGGCUAUGAUCCAAUCACUCCUCCUGAGGUGACUGCUACCUGGGGGGUGGAUCAGAUGUCCCUGGAACAGCUGUGGCCCCAGUGUGAUUACAUCACCGUCCACACGCCCCUCAUGCCUUCUACAGCUGGACUACUGAACGACACCUCAUUUGCUAAGUGCAAGAAAGGUGUAAAGGUCGUGAACUGUGCACGCGGGGGCAUCAUCGAUGAGGAUGCGCUCCUCAGAGCUUUGGAGUCUGGACAGUGUGGAGGGGCUGGCCUCGAUGUUUUUGUUGAGGAACCCCCAAAGAACCGUGCCCUGGUGAACCAUCCCAAUGUGAUUAGCUGUCCUCAUUUGGGUGCCAGUACAAAGGAGGCCCAGGCACGCUGUGGACAGGACAUCGCUCUGCAGAUUGUGGACAUGGUGAUGGGCAAGGGCUUGGUUGGAGCAGUGAAUGCCCAGGUUUUGGCAAGCACAUUCUCCCCUGGGUCUCACCAGUGGAUCAAACUUGGAGAGGCCGUAGGAGUUGUGCUGAAAUCAUGCACCACCUCUAAACAGCCCUUCAGCCAAGUCCAAAUCACAACUCAAGGAGACUGCUUGAAAGGUUCCUCUGGUUACAUGACUUCAGCAGUGAUGGUUGGAUUACUUACUGAUGUUUCCAAGAGUUGCCCCAACCUGGUCAAUUCACUAACCCUGGCCAAGGAAUCUGGAAUCAAGGUAACCAGAAAUCACAGUGAGGGUCUGACUCAAGGUGCAUGUGAGGUUGAGAUCUCUGUCAACGGCUCCAGCUACAGAGCUACUGGUUCAGUCCAGGGAGGUGCACCAGUCUUGUUGGAGCUGAACCACAGCGUGUUCCGACAGCCUGUCUCUCUCACUGGCAACCUGCUGUUCUUAAAGGCUGCGGCUUCUCCUCAGCUCCUGCCCUCCGUAACCGGUUUGCUGGCCACGGCAGGGGUGGAAAUGGAGUCAUUCAGUGCCCCUGCAGCUCGUAGUGGAGAUCAGUGGUAUUGUGUGGGGUUAUCCUCUCUCUUGGGGGACCUUGGUGCUUUAAAACCUUUAGUGAAAGAAGCAGCACAGCUCUCUGUGUAAAUGGCAGUGAGAGCAUUGUUACAAUGCUGAGGGACCAGUAGAGCAUUCCAAUGUCUAAAAUUUUAAUUAAUCAAAAUGGUUUCUUGGCGUAUUAACAUUGCAAUAUUUGGUUUACAACACAAACGCAUAGAAGUUACUAAAAAUGCACCUCUGUCAUUUCUAUUGUAGAGAUGCUGGCUAUAUAAUAAAUAAUAAAAUUGUUACAUUAUUA